ACCGUUACGGAACGCGAAUCAUACGAUGCGUAGAAAGACAACUCGAAUUGUCAUCACGUUCGGCGCGCUCGCGCCAUCUUGUAGAGGCAAUUUCAACUAAAAUAAAGGAGCAUUUAGUAUCAACGACAACGCCAUUUUUCUUCUCUGCCUUAUUAUCGUCAAACAAGAUAUCGAAAUCAUCGUAUCUUGAAAAUCGUGAUUGGCUCGUAUUCCCAAUGAUUUCAGAGACCAAUUAAUCGUGAUCUUUUUUCAUUUUUUCCUGUCUAGAAUUUACGCAUUUCCGAGUGAAAUUCCUUAAGAUUUUUCUAGUGCGUUCUUUGACGUCAUGUGAUACGAUAUAAGUGAAAUCCUUAAAGACGCGCCGUGUUUUAUUAGAGAGAUAAAAUACAAGAACAUAUAUUAUCUUUGAAAAGUGAAUUUCGUUUUUCUUAUAAUGAAUGUAAAACUAUUAAAUGAGAUCGAUUAUCUGACUCGUCUUAUAAAAAAAUAUAAGAAUGAAUCGUCUGGAAAUUUGCCUAAUAAUAAUGCUACAAAUAAACAGAAUAUAAAUAUGAAUAUAACUGAACGUAAAAGUAACGUAAAUACAUUUCCUGAAUCUCGACCAAUUGACAUACUGACUUAUGAAAAAACAAAUAAUAUAAAACCUUCAACAACAUCCUGUAACGUUUAUGUUAAUCCAUAUUUUAAGCCACAAAAUCCUGUGGUACAUAUCAAUCCCAAAAUGCACAUGAAACCAUUCAUACAUGUCAAUCCUAAAUUAGUAAAAAGUGUUGCUAGUACAAAUGAAACUACCAUGAAUAAUACUUCUAACAUAAUGAGUAAUUCUGAACAAAAUUUAACACAAAUGGACAUAAAAAAGAUGAAACUUCAUACAAAACCUUCAAUACAUGUCAAUCCAAAGAUAAUGACUAGCAUCGCCAGUUCAACCUCAAUGACAGAAAAUAAUUAUACAUCUGUUAAAUCAGAUAUUAAAGAAAGUUUUAUUCAGACAGAUGUAAAAAAAUCAGUAUAUAUAAAUCCAAAAUUAAUGUCAAAGUUAUCCUCCACUAAAGAAUCUAAAAUAGUUGAAAAGAAAGAGACCAUACCAAAUUUCAAUCAACCUGCAUGUUCAAGAUUAAAAUUUAUAAGAAAAAUUGACAAUACCAAAACUCCUAUAAAAAAAACUAAUAUGUCAAAUAUUUUAUUAUUAUCAAAAAGAAAAUUAAUAAGAGCUAAACGCACAAUGAAAGGAAAUACUGUGAUUUCUCAAAUAGGUCCACAAAAAGUUAAAAAACUUUCUCCAACAAAAAAAAUUAAAAGUACCACAUUACAGAGUACAAAAAAUAUUGUAGCCAAUAAUAAUACAUUGCAAUCCACAAAUAAUGGUAUAAACUUAUCAAAAGUGCAUAAUACUAAAACAAAAGUAAAUAAAUACAAAAUCGAUAGAACUGUACAAUUAUUAACAGAACCGAAAAAAAGUGAAAAUUCUCAACCAAAGAAAGACAAGUAUGAUUUGAUGGAAUUAGUUACAAUUGGAGGAAUAGUAUAUAAAUCAUCCAGAAAUCAAUUGGUUCGAAGAAGUUACUCUUUAAAGAGAAAGCUUGCAUCAAAUACUAAAAAUGACAAAUUUAUGAUUACGACCAACGGUAAGAAGCUUUGUAGACUCAAAAUAACCAAAGAUGUAUCUACUCGGAAGAAUGCUACACAAACGACUGAAUCUAAAUUUGGGAACAUGGUUACAUCAAAAAUUGCUUACAAGAAUAACAUUAGUAAUAAAGUUAAACAAAGGAGUAUACAAAUUCUGCGCAAUAAAAUGCGCAAAAAUAACCAACCAUGUUUGUUCUUCCAACGAUUUGGAUACUGUGCCAAUCAAAAGAAGGGAACCUGUUCCAAACUUCAUGACAAAAAACAGAUCUCAGUUUGUAAAAAAUUUCUUCAAGGAAAAUGCUUAUUGGAUGCAUGUCCACUUUCACAUGAUGUUGGACCUGAGAAAAUGCCAACCUGCAAAUAUUUUCUAGAAGCCUGUUGUACAAGAGAUCAGUGUCCGUAUCGUCAUGUCAAAGUUUCUUCUAGUACUCCCAUCUGCAUAGAAUUUCUACAAGGAUAUUGUUCUAAGGGAAACGAGUGUAAGCUGCGUCACGAGUAUCUUUGCCCUGAAUAUAACAAAACAAGCAACUGCAGCAAAGGUAAGUAUUGUCCCUAUCCUCAUAAACCAACUACAUCUAUUGCCCGACAAAACAAUAAGUAUACACAAAAAGAACCUAAUGCAAUUAAAAAUCAAAGUACAUCUACAAUGGAGAAUGAUACAGAAUUGACCAAUCAUGAAUGUAGAUUACGAUAUUACGAGAAUACUGACACAGUCAAUAGUGAUCUUGCUACAACAAAGGAUAAUAUUAUGAAAAAAGUACAAAUUAUGAAAAAUGUUGUACUAGCACAACAAUCUGGCAAUAUAUUUAUGAACGAGGAAUUCUCUAACAACAAUAUUGCAGAACCAAGCAUAUCCGAAAAAGAGUCAACAAAUAAUUUUGAAAACAAAUUGCCGAAAAGAUUGCCUCUUGGUAUUCUACCUGCUUUUAUCCCUAUUAAUUAACAGACAUGAUUAUUAUUUAAAUCAUAAUUAUUUUAAUUUUAUUUAUCUAUAAUUGCUUUUUAAAUGUUCAUAUGCUGGGAAAAACAUAAUUUAUUUUAUAUUAUGCAUUAUUAAUUUUUCAGUCUCAAAUGUUUUUUACUUUUGUCUUUAAUAGAUUAGUAAAAUUCAUUUGUCACAUUAAUAUAUUUUAUUUCCCUAUAAGCAAUAUUGUGAUACAUGUAAUUAAGUUAAUUAUAUCGUGCAAUUUUAUAUCUUAUACAUACUAUUAUUUGACUGUACUUAUUUUUACGUUUUUAUUUUGCCACAAUGAGUUUUAAAUCAGAGUAUAAAAAAUAUAUUAGAUAUAUUUAUAUUUUACUAAAUUUAUUUUUAUUGUUAAAAUAAUCCCACACUAAAAUAUUAAGUUAUAUUAAAAAUAUAACUAUAUAUAAAUUUUCAAUUAUGAGUAUUAUGAUUGAGAGAAAUGUUUACAGAAUAUUUAUAAGUUAUAAGUUAUAAAAAAAAAACAUGCUCAUUGAUCUAAAGUACAAAUGUGUAAAAUAUUGCUCUCUAAAGUCAGGAGCAUUUGAGUAUAUUCUAAAUGACAUUAUACUCUUAAUCAUUUAAGAAAUUAGAUCCUAUUAUAUCCAUAUUUUUUCAAUAAGAAUAUUAUGCAUCUUUAAGACUGAAGAUGAUUAAUUUAAUGUUAUUCUGCAUUUAGUUCUCCAGCAUGAUAUUUAAAUUUUACACUUAAAUUCUAUAUGUGAUUAAGUCGGGCAAUUCAUGUUUGGUCUUUAUGAGAAUCUAUAUAUUUAUUCUUCCAUAUUAUUUUUUAUUAUUUUCUCUGUUAGACAUAUACGAAGUAUGAAAAUUAUAUUUUGUAAACUGUAUAAGACUCCUGUAAAAAUAAAGGAUGUAUAUUUGUUAAUAAAGAUUUUACCUCUAAUAUA